AGGGAAACGCGGGAAGGAGGGGAGGAGCCUCUGGUGGAGGUCGGGAACUGGGGGGCAGGCGGCAACAUUGUUUCAAGUUGGACAAAUUGACCAGAGCGAGAGAUACGCUGCGUUCCAUCGCGACCUGGGGCCAAGGUGCUUGGCCCUGUUUCCCCCUCCUUGGCCCCAGAGAGCCGGGCCCGCUUUCAGCAGAGUUCCCGGGCCCCCGCUCCAGGGCCGGGCUGACCCGACUCGCUUGCGCUUCAUGGAGAACUUCCAAAAGGUGGAAAAGAUCGGAGAGGGCACGUACGGAGUUGUGUACAAGGCCAGAAACAAGUUGACGGGAGAAGUGGUAGCGCUUAAGAAAAUCCGCCUGGACACUGAGACUGAGGGUGUACCCAGUACUGCCAUCCGAGAAAUCUCUCUGCUUAAGGAGCUUAACCACCCUAAUAUUGUCAAGCUGCUGGAUGUCAUCCACACAGAAAAUAAACUCUACCUGGUUUUUGAAUUUCUACACCAAGAUCUCAAGAAAUUCAUGGAUGCCUCUGCUCUCACUGGCAUUCCUCUUCCCCUCAUCAAGAGCUAUCUAUUCCAGCUGCUCCAGGGCCUAGCUUUCUGCCAUUCUCAUCGGGUCCUGCACCGAGAUCUUAAGCCUCAGAAUCUGCUUAUCAACGCAGACGGGGCUAUCAAGCUAGCAGACUUUGGACUAGCCAGAGCCUUUGGAGUCCCUGUUCGUACUUACACCCAUGAGGUUGUGACCCUGUGGUACCGAGCACCAGAAAUCCUCCUGGGCUGCAAAUACUACUCUACAGCCGUGGACAUCUGGAGCCUGGGCUGCAUCUUUGCUGAGAUGCACCUAGUGUGUACCCAGCACCAUGCUAGGUGCUGUGGGGAACACAGAAGAAAUGGAAGACACAGUCUCUGCCCGCUGUGCUCCUAUCUAGAAGUGGCUGCAUCACAAGGAGGGGGGAUGACCGCAGUGUCUACCCCACACCCCGUGACCCGCAGGGCCUUAUUCCCUGGUGAUUCUGAGAUUGACCAACUCUUCCGGAUCUUUCGGACUCUGGGGACCCCAGAUGAGGUGGUUUGGCCAGGAGUUACUUCUAUGCCUGAUUAUAAGCCAAGUUUCCCCAAGUGGGCCCGGCAAGAUUUUAGUAAAGUUGUACCUCCCCUGGAUGAAGAUGGACGGAGCUUGUUAUCGCAAAUGCUGCACUAUGACCCCAACAAGCGGAUUUCGGCAAAGGCAGCUCUGACUCACCCUUUCUUCCAGGAUGUGACCAAGCCAGUACCCCACCUUCGUCUCUGAUGUCCUUCUCUAAGCCCCCACCCCCAAUCUCACCCUCUCCUCCAUGGUGGGCUUGACCUGGCUUGGCUCUGGGCUGUUUGAACUCAUGUUGGCCCUCUGAUCUCAUCUGGCUGCCUUAAACACUCACCUUCCCUUCUUGGCCAAACAACUCUGGGAAUACAGGAGUGGAAGGGAGGAAUAGGUGAAAAUGAAAGGAAAUUUUAGUAUUAGAUGCACUUAAGUCAGACUUCACCACCCUCUCCCUCUCCUCUCAAGUCACUUCUAAGGAGGGCUGGUAUUAAAAAACAAAACAAAACAAAGCUGAGUGUUCUCCCCCCACACUGGAUUUGCAAUCCUGAUCUCUGAAUGCCCCAUAAUUAUUAUUUCCUGUGUUUGGGGUAUCAGGGACUCCAAGCCUCCUGCUGCCACUGUUUUUGUAAAGGCCAGCUGAUGGGGGGGGGCGCUAAUUUGGAACUUUUGAGAACCAAGCAAAAUAAAAUGUGGAGGCUCUAUUUUAAAGAAUUAGGUUUAAAAAAUAGAUCCAAUCAGUUUAUACCCUAGUUUUAAUGUUUCAUCUCACCUAACAGGCUGGCAAACUCAAGACUCAGCCCCAGUGAGACUGAAGAAGAAAUUAUUGCCCCUGUCCCCUUAUAUGUCCCUCCUACAGGCAAAAGGAGUUGGGGAGGCUCUGGGACAGGGACUAUACUUCACUUUGAUCUAUUGCUUCACCUCAGCCUUAUGAGGCAGGUGAGAGAUGUUUGAAUUUUUCUCUUCCUUUUAGGAUUCUUAGUUCAGUUGCCAGGGAUCCCUGCUCCCAUCUUCCUCUGAAAGCCACCACCUACCGCAUAGGAGUGGAAGUUAGGGUUUAAGCAUCAUUUUGAGAAUGCUGACACUUUUUCAGGGCUGUGACUGAGUGGGGCAUUGGGAAAAAUAUUUCUUUAAAAGAAGGAUGAACAAUUAUAUUUAUAUUUCAGGUUAUAGUAAUUUUUUUUUUGUCAGUGGGUGGAUUUGUUGCCAUGUGCACCAUGGGGUUUUGUAAUACAAAUGCUUAAAAAAAAGUAUUUUUUUCCUUUAUGAUUCUGUCUCCCUCUCCCACCCCUGUCCUUGAGUGCUCUUGCUAUUAGCAUUAUUUGUAAUUUAGUUUGUAAUUCAUUAAAACAAUGUUCCUAGUUUUAUAGUUUA